AUGGACGACGAGGCAGAGAAAAUUGUGCUGGAGAUUCCUGAAGAGGAACCAGCCGAAAUAGAAAGCCCUGAAGCUUCCGAAGUCCAGUUGCCACUGGAGAAUGGAAAAACAACUAACAAUGGAACGAGAACGCCAUCGAUAAAGUCUGACAAUGGGAAAAGAAGCCCAUCCAUAAGAUCUGAGAACGGAAAGACACCGUCAGUGAAAUCUGACAGUGACAAAACAGCAUCAAUAAAAUCUGACAAUGGGAAAAUAAGUGGAAAUGGGGUAGAAGAAUUGAUAGAAGAGGUCACCGAUCCCUAUGAAGAGAAGUCGAGGAGUCAAGAGGAGCUCCGAAAAUUGGAGGAACUGAGUUUGGAUGGGAAACCGACGUCGUUGGAAGAACUGGGCAGGGAGAGAGCUCAGCGAGUGAAAGCUAAGAUCUAUAGGCAGUGUCACAGGCGUUUCAGGGAGAUAAUUGGCAAGAGGGAGAUGAAGAACGAGGAAUUGGAGAAGCAGCAGGGCGACUUGAAGCAUCGGUUGAACAUGUUAGAGUGUUCGAUGCCGGCCGUGAUGGUCUGGAACAUCUGGAGGAUGUCCCAAGGCAAUUGUGUGCCGAACUUAAAACGCGUGAUGGAGAAACAGUUUCUGGGCCCGGCUGCCGGCGAAGUUUACUGUCCCAGCACUCCCAGCAGACACUUCGACUGCAGGGUGAGGGAGAUCGAGGCUGAGAGAAAGCAGGCACAGAAACGAGUGGAGGAGGCCAGGGCUUUGUGGAGCGAGAAGACGAGUCUGUUGGAAGAAAGGAGUAAGAGAUUGGAAGAAGUUAAGAGGAUUCAGGAGGAGACCAAAUUGAAGAUCGAACAGCUGAUCAUUGAGGCUAAGAGGCUGAAGGAGGCAGCCAAGAUAGAAGACGAUGGGUCUUGCGAAACUGGCGAGUGCGGGGUGAUACAGUGCAAGAAAAAAUGGCUGGAGAAGGUGCCCAGCAAUGCUUCUAUAAAAUCGGCGGACAUCGUGUGCCUGGACAAGCUCCAAGAGCUCGCGCAGAACGAGUACUGUAUCAAAAGGCAUAUCGCCGAUCUCGAGAGCCGCGAGGAGGCUUACAUGAGGACGUUACAGCAAGCGGAUGAACUCUGGUGCAAAUUGGAAUCAGACGCGGCCAGCACUGUGAGCGCGUUGCAGGAACAGCUGGACAUGAAAACGGCUGCGAAUCAACAGAUGGCUGACAGGAUUGUAGCCCUGGAGGAUGUGAUAGAACAGUUGAGAGCUAGGCUAGGCCUUUGCACUGGAGAGUUAGAGAAAUAUAUGAGCAAGAGCAAGAUUGAUGCUCUCAUAGGGAGAGACGACGAUUUCGCUGAGAUGUUGGAUAAAGCGCUGCGAGCAGCUCCGGAUGCGCGAGACAAGAUGGUAGGCAUAGAGAGAGAGAUGAUGGACAGAGAUAUGCUGGCCAAGAUGGACAUGAGCGACGCGAAACUGGGCAUCCAUCCUGAAGACUUCGCCUAUGAGGAUGAGAGGCUUCAGGAAGCCAGAGCUUAUCUAGAGAAGCUCGGAUUCUCACUUUCAGAACUGGACAAAUAUCCUGAUGACUUAGUCUGCGCGGCAGACUUCGCUUGCAACGAUUUGGUAUUCACUGAGACCGGAUUGACCGAAGAGGAGAUGCAGGCUUUGAAGGAGGGACGUGUCACUGCGAAGAUGUUGUUAGAACAGUGUGGAGUGUCGGUCGAUUUGGAGCUGGAGCAAGAAGCUGCUGGGGUGGAGAGGAUUGAGAGGACAGUGAGGUCAGAAAUGUACGAGAUGGAAGAAACGAGGGAAGCGGUUGGAAUGAUGAAGGAACGUGAGAUGAUGAUUGAAAAGAGUGUAGAGGAAAUCGGGGUGGGAGAUCAGGAAGAUGAUGUACCUGCGGACGAUACUACGACUUAUGAGGAUACUACUGAUAUGGAAGAUUUCGUGGAUGCACCAGCGUACACCGAGACGAGAGUUCAUAAACGUGAUGUAGACGAAGGAGAAGAUCUCUCGGCAAUGGAAGUGACGACUGAACCGAGUCUUGAAUUUCCUUCAGAGGAAGUUGUUCAUGACGAGUCAGUGGUCGUUCCGAGGACUGAAAUGUUGGACUGGCAGGAUGACGUUGAUACUAUUCGAUCUACCAUUGCGGAGUGCCCUGAUUGCAUUGUCGUGAAGAAGGAUGCCGACGAACUGGCUGUCAAGAUGGCUCGUUACACCGGCGUUAGUAUCGAAGAUCAAACUAUUACGGAAGUGACAGAAAUAGCCGACAGUCCUCGCGAAAUCCUUGCACCGUCUGAAAUUCCCAAACCCGAGGUGCCAGUCGCGGUUGAGGCUAAACCCGAAGUUGUAGAAGCCGAAGUAACAGUCGCACCGUCGGUUGAGGAAAAAAUAGUUGAGGCUAAAGUUGCAGAACCUGAUGUGAAAGUGGAACCAGAAGAGCCCCCUGAGGUACUGGAACCACCUGCAGUGGCUCCAGUUGAGGCACCGCCACCCACGGCACCUCCAGUUGUAACACCGCCACCUGCAGUGGCUCCAGCUGAGGCACCACCUCCUCCUAAGGCACCUCCAGCUGCAGCACCACCGCCCACAGUACCUUCAGCUGAGGCACCAUCUCCUACGGCACCUCCAGCUGUAGCACCACCACCUGCAAUGGCUCCAGCUGUAGCACCACCACCUGCAAUGGCUCCAGCUGUAGCACCACCACCUGCAGUGGCUCCAGCUGAGGCACCAGUUCCUCCUAAGGCACCUCCAGCUGUAACACCACCGCCUACAGUACCUCCAGCUGUAACACCACCACCUGCAGUACCUCCAGCUGAGGCACCAUCUCCUACGGCACCUCCAGCUGUAACACCACCACCUGCAGUGGCUCCAGCUGAGGCACCACCUCCUACAAUCCCUCCAGCUGUAACACCAUCACCCACAGCACCUCCAGCUGAGGUACCAUCUCCUACAGCACCACCAGCUGAGGCGCCGCCACCUACGGCACCUCCAGCUGAAGCACCACCACCUGGGGUACCACCAGGUGAAGCACCAGCAGUCGUAGGAAUACCAACAGAAGAAGAGAAGGCACCAACAGAAGAAGAGAAGCCACCAACAGAAAUUCCAAAACUACCAGAGGAAGUGGAAGCAUUGCCACCAGAAGAAGUAGAAGUGAAAACAGAAAAAGUGGAAGAGGUACUACCAGAAGAGAUGAAGGAAGAAGUUCCUGAAGUAGAAGCACCGUCACCUCCACUAGAAGAAGAGGUUGCGAUACCUGUGAAAGAGGAAGUGCCAGUGGAUGUUGAAGGAGAGCCAGUUGAUGUUGCAGUAGUGCCUCCUGAAGAGGUACCACUUGUGGAAGAGCCACCUGAAGUACCAGUUGAAGAAUUGCCACCUGAAGUACCAGUUGAAGAAUUGCCACCUGAAGUGCCAGUUGAAGAAUUGCCACCUGAAGAAGUUCCGGUCGAAGUACCAGUCGAAGUAUUACCUCCUGAAGAAGUCCCAGUUGAAGAAUUACCACCUGAAGAGGUACCAGUUGAGGUACCAGUCGAGGAAGUGCCUCCAGAGGUACCAGUCGAGGAAAUGCCUCCAGAAGUGCCUCCAGAAAUACCAGUCGAAGAAAUGCCUCCAGAAGUGCCCGAAGUGCCUCCAGAGGUACCAGAAAUACCUCCAGAAGAAGAGGAAGAAAUACCUCCCAUAACAAAAAUGGAGAUCACGCAAACGGAGAUAACGAGAAUCGAAACAGUCCAAGUGGUCACGCAAACGGUAGUCGACGUCGAUACACAGACUAGCCCCAGAAUAACCAGACACGUUCAGCCACCAGUAACGACCAUAACUAAAGUAGUGGACCCUGACUCCGAGACCGUGCAACGGUUACUAGCCUUCGCUAAACCAUUACGUGAACAACAGCCAACGGCAAUGACGUACACAGAGAGUGCUCACUCGCACGUGACCACGUCCUUCCAAAUGAGAACAAGCACUCCAGCCCCGGACUCCCUCGCCGCAAUCUUGCACGCUCUGAAACCCGAAGCCUCUAUGAGAGGCCCUGAACAAGAAAUCAGAUCAACUUACUAUGGAAAGCCUGAUAGGAAGCCCGGAGACUCUGAAGACGGCAAGUGCAACUGUUGUCAAUGUGGCAAAGCGAUGUCCAGAUCUCCGUCACAGCCACCUUCCAUGUUCAAAAGCCCUUCAAAAAAAUCGUCAAGAAAAUUCGCAACUCCGAGUAGAGAUCCAGUCAUGACAAUCGACUGCACCUGCGCUGAUUGCAAACUGCAGAAACUGCAGGAGACUCUCAGAUCUCACGAUCCUUUAAAGGAGCGAUCGCAUAAGCCAAAAAAGGAUCAGAAAACCGGUGCCUCCAUCCACGAGCUUGUCAAGUCUCAGUCUCGGAAGGAAAAAGGGAAAAAAAUCGAUCAGAGUUGCAUGGCGAAAAUUGCCAGGGCCAAAGCGAAGGAACAAAAGUCGAAAAAGUGUGAGGAUAAAAUUAGAGAAGAAGUGAUUGACUCCGCUGGAUGUGCUUGCAGCGGUAUGAUAGAAGUACCCGGUAAACCCGGCAAGUUCAAGCGAGUGCACUGUGCUUGCGGUGAUCCUGAUUGA